CUGACUGGGGCAACAACUACAGCCAUGUCUCGCUCACGUCGCAAGCAGUCGUUUGGCCUCUCCACCGAGGACGCUAUGGACGCCGAUGCCAUCAACGAGUACAAGGGCAUUUUCAAGGCCAUUGAUCUCAACAAGAACGGCAGUAUUUCCAAGGCCGAUCUUGCGUCGUCGCUCGCGGCAUACGGCAUCCGCAUGUCACCGGCGCAGAUCGAGGAGAUGUGGAACGACACUGGGCUCUCUGACUCGUCAUCGCUCUCGUUCUCGCAGUUUGUGUCGAUGAUCGAGGCAAACAUGUCAGGCUAUGUCACCAAGCCCAUGCUGGGCGAGGCCUUUGAGUGCAUCGAGGCCAACGUCGGGCGCGACGAGCUUGUUGGUGGCGGACCCGGCCCGAACAAGGUUCGCGGCAAGCUCAACGCCGACCAGUUCGAGAAGCUCCUCCUCACCACUGGUGACAAGCUGCGGCCGGAUGAGGUCGAUGCCUUCUUCUCCUUCCUCAAGGUCUCGGCCGGCGGCGAGCUCUCGACCGAAGAGCUGACCACGCUCCUCACCCAAGGCUGAGCAGGAUGCGUGUGCAGCGAGGACGUGGCGGAUAAAGCGUGUUUCAUGU